AUGCACAUUAAACAAAUCACCAUUAGCAAUUUCCGGUCGUUUCGACAACAGCCGGAAAUCGAAGCCUUUUCAACGCACACCAAUUGCGUGGUGGGACGUAACGGGUCCGGCAAGUCCAAUCUCCUGGAUGCCGUGCAGUUCGUCUUGUUGGCUCCGCGAUUCGCUAAUCUCCGUCAGGAAGAACGGCAGGCCUUGCUGCACGAAGGAUCCGGCAGUGCGGCCGUCAACGCGUUCGUCGAGAUUGUCUUUGACAAUGCCGAUCACCGGUUCGCCUUGGAGCAUUCGGACGAAGUCGUCCUGCGACGGACCGUGGGACUCAAGAAGGACGAGUUCUUUCUCCAGCGAAAGCGGGUGACCAAACAAGAAGUACAGAGUUUGUUGGAAGGCGCCGGCUUCUCCCGCUCCAACCCCUAUUACAUCGUGCAGCAGGGGAAAGUACAAGAUCUGUGUACCAUGAGCGACGUGGAGCGCCUCCGACUCUUGAAGGAAGUCGCCGGGACCGUCGUCUACGAUCAGAAAAAAACGGAAAGCCUCGCCAAAAUGCAGGAAAACGGACACAGCAUUACCAAAAUACAGGAAAUACUCGACGACAUUGAAGCCAAGCUCGACGAAUUGCAGGCGGAAAAGGAAGAACUCACCGCCUACCAAGCCUUGGACCGGCAACGCCGGGCCCUUCAGUACGUCCUCUACGACAAACAACUCCGGAAAGCCCGGCACGAUCUCGAUCAGUUGGAACACGCACGGACAUCCCACGUACAAAACCUCAGCGCACUACACGAAGAAUUGAAAGACACGCACGAGGCCAUUCGCAACAAGGACGCCGUGCUCAAAACAAAAACUAACGCGCUCCGGCGCAACCAGACCACCCUCGAAGCCCACGAGCAGGACAAGACCAGCCGGGUUACGGCCGUCACGAGACUCCAACUCGAAUGUCAGGAGCUUCUGGAAGCUGUGCGGAGUGGCGCGGAACAGCUACAGUCCAACGAAAAGGAGCUCGAGGCCGUCCAGGCCGAAAUUGAGGCCUCCCAAACGAACCUGCGGGAUACUGUCCAGCCCGCCUACGAUCAAGCCGUGGCUGUCUUGCAAGACUUGACCACUCGUCGGGACGAAGCAUCCCGUCAGGUCGAAUCACUCUACGCCAAACAAGGUCGGGGACAGCACUUUCAAACAGUACAAGAUCGAGACGCCUUUUUGCAAAGCUCCGUAGAGGAACUCUUGGCGACACAGCGCGAUAAAACCAGUGCCGUACAGGCGCAACAAGACACACUGGCCAACUUGCGCCGUUCCGUUACGCAAGAAACGACGGAGAUUGACAAGCUUACCUCGCAACUCACCAGCCAAGCUGCCGGGUUGCAGUCUUUAUCCAAAACCAUUGAAGAAACCAAGCGCCAACGCUUGGAACUACACGAUGCGCGCAAGGAAGCUUGGCGGGAGGCCGAAGCCCUUCACGAUCAAGUUCGGGAAGCCAGGGGAACUUUUCAACGGGCCAAACAAGACACCGCCAAGGUCAUGCCUCGCGCAACCGCAAUGGGACUCAAGGCGCUAACGAGUGUGGUCGAACAGGAAGGACUCACCUCGGAUCAGUAUUUCGGCAUGCUCAUGGACAAUUUCGUUCUGCGAGACGACAAGUAUCAAACGGCCGUCGAAGUAGCGGCGCAGAAUGCGCUCUUUCACGUCGUUGUGGACACCGACGUUACGGCGUCCCGGCUCAUGAAGCGCUUGGAGGCCGACAAGCUCGGUCGCGUAACCUUUCUACCGCUCAACCAGCUCCGUAUCGAUCAGCCCAAUUUGCCCCAAUCUAACGAUAUUCGUCCCAUGCUCGAUUUAUGUCUCCAGUACGACCGAAAGGUCGAACGUGCCUUGCAACACGUCUUUGGCAAAAAACUCCUGGCUCGAACACCAGAAAUAGCAUCGGAAUGGAGUGCUCAGCACGGCGUCGACGCAAUCACCUUGGACGGCGACUUGUGCAGUCGCAAGGGCGCCUUGACGGGCGGUUACGUGGACACGUCCAAGUCUCGGCUCCGUGCGCACGCCAAACAAACCGAAGCCCAAGCGGCCUUGCAAAACGUGGAGACGCUCCAUCAAGGCAAAAGUCGUGAAGCCGAGCAAGUGGAGCAGCAAGUAACGAAUCUUAUGCAGGAGCUGCAGCGACAGGAAAGCAAACAGGCGGAGCUCAGUCGGAUGGUCCAAGGUAAGGAAAUGGAACUUGAUCGAAUACAGGCUCGAUUAGAAAAUCACAAAAAGCAGGUGGAAAUGGUCGAAAAGACGCUAAUUCCACCUUUGGAACGGGACAUUGUUGCCUUGAACGGGGACAUGGAUCGUCUCAAGGCCGAAAUGGGGACCCCCUUGACGCAGACGCUCUCCGAUGAGGACCGCAAGCUGUUGGCCACGCUCAAAGAAACGCAAACACGGCUUGUUGCCGAGAUUGAAUCCCAGAGUGAUAAGGUUGCUCAAGUUGGUUUGGACCGCCAAAAGCUCCAGAGUCUACUCGACGAUAAUCUGCUGAAACGUCAACGCGAGCUAAGGGAAGGUGGCGUCGACGGGCGUCGGCGUCAGAGCCAUGGUCGUCUUUCGUCAGCCGCGGUGCAAGCGGAGCAGCAAGAAGAAUUGGCCGAAUGCCAGCGCCGAUUGGACGAUGCCCUGCGCGUCAAAGACGAAAUUGAGGGGCGUUUGGAAGAGUCACGUCGGGUGGACGAGGAGUUGCGGGGCGAAAUUAUUGUGGUGAAAAAUGAGCUGGAACAGCUGAAGAGCGAGUAUCUGAAUGUUUCUAAGCGCCUCGAAGAAGCGCAGAACGAAACUGAGCGGCUCAUGAACAAGCGCUCCAUGUGUAUUUCUACUCGCGAAGAAAAGAUGCGCUCCAUCCGGGAAUUGGGAUCCCUUCCCCCUCCGGCCGAGCUCGACAAGCACUCGGGCAAGUCCACUGAGGCACUCAAAAAUUCCAUCGAGGGCGUCAAUAAGAAGUUGAAAAAGUAUUCGCACAUCAACAACAAGGCGUUCGACCAAUACAUCAAUUUUAGUGAGCAGCGCGAAUCGCUGCUGGUGCGCAAGGCUGAACUGGACCAAGGUGCCGAAAAGGUGGAGGAGCUCGUAUCGAGUCUCGACCAACAGAAGGACGAGGCCAUCAAUCGUACCUUUCGCGGGGUCAGCGCCCAUUUCAAGGACGUGUUUGAAGAGCUCGUUCCCAAUGGGGCGGGUGAGCUCAUUUUACGCACGGCCAUGGACGAAGCGAUGGAGGACGAUGCGAACGAUACGGAUCAGGACGACGAUUCCGUCAACGCGGAUUCUCCGAAAAAGGCCAAGGGUUUCGACGCGAACAAUCCGGAUGUCAAUUUGUACCGCGGUAUUGGCAUCCAAGUACGUUUUUCGGCCGUGGGCGAAAACUAUCUCAUGUCCCAGCUGUCGGGUGGUCAAAAGGCCUUGGUCUCGCUGGCCCUGAUUUUUGCUAUUCAACGGUGCGAUCCGGCUCCCUUUUAUAUAUUGGACGAGCUGGACCAGGCGUUGGAUGCCUCGUACCGUGCGGCGGUGGCCAAUCUGAUUCAAAAGCAGGCCACAUCCACGGAGAAUCCAACACAGUUCAUUGUGAGUACCUUCCGUCCGGAACUGGUAGCGAUUGCGAAUCGUUGUUACGGAAUUUCAUUGCAGAACAAGGUGAGUCGCAUCCACCCGUUGAGUAAGAAGGAUGCGUUACACUUUAUC